AUGUCUGGUCUGGCAACCUCGCUGCGAACCAUUACAUAUCGGGCGGCUUUGCGGGCGAACGCACGCCCUAUCGGUGCCAUCGCACGUUUCCAGUCGACUUUUGCCGCAGGAAGCAACCUUGGUGUGCCUCCACAGGGUUUCCGCAUCCCUCCCCCCAAAUCAUGGGAACACGAGGCUGAGGGGUCUCUGUCCAAGGCAACAAAGUUUUUCUUGCUCGCCGAGAUGUUCCGCGGUAUGUACGUCGUAUUGGAGCAGUAUUUCCGCGCCCCUUACACUCUGCUUUAUCCCUUCGAGAAGGGCCCUAUUGGUCCUCGAUUCCGUGGUGAACACGCUUUGCGCCGCUAUCCUACGGGCGAGGAACGCUGCAUCGCUUGCAAACUCUGUGAAGCCGUUUGCCCUGCCCAAGCUAUCACCAUCGAGGCUGAGGAGCGCGUUGACGGAUCUCGCCGCACUACCAAGUACGACAUCGACAUGACCAAAUGCAUCUACUGCGGCUACUGCCAGGAGUCUUGCCCUGUUGACGCUAUUGUGGAAACCCCUAAUGUCGAAUACUCUACUGAAACACACGAGGAGUUGCUCUACAACAAAGAAAAAUUGCUCGCCAACGGUGAUAAAUGGGAGCAGGAGCUUCAGUACUGCUUGGACGCUGACGCCAACUACCGUUAA